AUGUAUGUAAAGAAUCAACAACAACAAGGGGAACAAAGCCGAGGAAAAGAGCGUGAGAAUAGUAGACCACAGGAAAAGUUCAGACGACUAGUACACCAUCAGUACCACCAGAAGGUUGCGCCUGUGCAAUCAAUAAGUCCGGAGGUAUCACGCACGAUCAUAGGCGGCCUCCAAUUGGUUCAUGAUAGGUUGCGACUGAGAGCAAAAGAAGAAGAGCGAAGGCAAGAGAACAGAAUAGCUGAGCAAGUAUCCUUACCCUCCAUACCUUUCCCGCGUAUGAUGUAUAAACCACCUGAACCCAACCCCACGGUAGACAACAAGUUUCGAGUGUUCGCAACAUCCGUGUAUUCCGUUUUGGAGCGUUUCUCGAGAAAACACGUAAAUUUCAAUCUCACUGUCGCGCAACGUCGAGGCCAACGUGAGAUUCGCAAUCUUAUUACAGCUGGAGAGAUCAAGGUUUCCGUUAGUGAUAAGGGAGGCGAAUUUGUUGUUCUAUCACGUGAACUAGACAAGGCGAUAACGAGACAACAUCUUGAGGAUGACAGUCUAUAUGUCCCAUCCUCCGCCAAUGAGUUUAGAAAGCAAUAUCGCCGCCUAAACAGGGUUUGGGUAGAAACGGCUGGAACAGCAGGGCUCCCAAAAAACUUUAUUACGCGUCUCAAGAACGACUUACCCGCAUGUCCAGUCCUAUACACGCUAAUCAAAACUCACAAGCUCUCUGAAAAUGGCCUCACUUCGAACGAUCCACGUGACUUUAAAGUGAGGCCUAUCAUUAGUUGUAUCGGGGGCCCCACGGAUAGAAUUUCCUGGCUGCUCAACAUAAUCCUAAAUCAGCUGCUCAAAUAUGUCCCUGCCCACCUCAGCAGUUCUAGCAACUUCCUAAAACAUCUCCGCAGUACCUCAUUUGAGCGUGAAUGUGUAGUAGAGACCUUUGACGUUACGUCACUCUAUACGAACGUUUCAAACGAUGUAGCAAUGCAGGCUGUUCACGAACUGCUCACGCAGCGCCAGGCUUCUUUGAACAUGUAUGGAUUCAGCAUCAGGCAGAUCAUGACAUUGAUAAACGAAUGCCUGAAUUGCUCUAUUUUCCGAUGGUCGGGACAGUACUACCGACAACUUAGAGGCCUAGCUAUGGGACAAAGGCUGGCACCCACUCUCGCCAUUGUUUUCAUGACCAAGAUCGAAAAGCCUAUAAUAGACCGCAAACCACUGCUGUAUUAUCGUUACAUAGAUGAUUGCUGCGUCGUCUGCUCAACCCAAGCAGAACUAGACGCGUGCUUCAAUCUUCUCAAUCAGCAGUGUCCGCACAUUAAGUUCACAAGGGAGAGACCGAUAGACAACUGGUUGGCUUUCCUGAAUGUGCACAUUUACCUAUGGGAUAAGGAAGACUAG